GUGGAGCUCUGGCAGACGGCAAGCGGUAAACGCCCCGCUUUGCAACGUGCGAACCCUUCUUUUGUGAUGGUCAAAUUACAGGACCGCUAUCGUUGACUUUUGAAGUGAAAACGGAGGCAACUUGGCAGCUCUGACUGUUCUUGAGAGAUACCCACCUACAGCGGAGGGACAAGAGGAAAAUCUCUGUUUAGGCGGUGGGUGUUGACGUGGGAAUAGGGGCUGGCUGACGAGGUGAGGUCGUGAAUGGAUGCCAGUGUCCAGACGCAAGGCCCUGAUCGACAAGAACGGGAUAUGUUCAGGGAGGGAUACCGCAACAGCAAGUCACCCCUUCAAUGCACAGGAGACUCCCUCAGGCGGUUCGUGAUGCAAAUCAGGCGGGUUCGAUGGUGUCCUGCAGCGGGCUCCCUGGCACAGAAACGACAUGUCGGUACUUGUCGCCAAAGUACCUCCUGCAUGCUGACCAGGACCCCAGAAGCGCACUGGCCAGUGAAGAUGCAGCGAAUGUGGACCAUGGACCUUGAGAGCUCUUGGUGGCUGCAGUAGGCGCGUGUGCAAAGGGAAAAAAAGGGAAAACUGGAUCCCUGUCUAAUAACGGUUUGAAGCAAUUUCGUGUCUCCCAGCAACUGAGCAUCGUUUUGGAUAAGACGGUGUGCCUUUCUUUGUCUGCCCAGCAGCUGGUCAGGGAGCGAGGGCAGCGAGAGGGCAAGGGUUGUCGCACAGUGUUGCUUCCGCUUUGGGUCUGGCCAGGGGAAACGGACCAUUCACUGUGACUGGAGUCACUGGACCUGAUGGGGGCGAUUGGGGGGGGGGGACUGGGGGGUGAGAGAAGAGCGGACGGAUCGCACAAGAGUCCUACCGUUUCCCUUCACAGAGCACGACCGACUGCCAGUUCCGAAAUAAGUACCCCCAGGAACCAUCACACAGCUCGCCUUUCCAUUCUCCUCUCUCUCCUUCUCUCCUUCCACCCACCAGCCAACACCUCGACUCGACGAGUUUUUCUGCCUCGUCCAGACCAGUGCAGGCCACGCGUGCUUAAUAUUUCUUGCGAAGUCUUCUCUCUCAGUGAUACCCGAUACCCAUUUUUUCUUUUUUCUUGAGAUACCCAGAUACCCUGCUUUUUGCAACCACCCAUCACACAAUCAAAAAUGGCCGACACAACAAAGCCCGUUGAGGUCCCUGCGACCACCGCUCCUGUCGCCGAGCCCGUUGUCGAGACGAAGCCCGCUGAGGCCACCCCCGCCGUUGCUGAGGUUUCCGAGACUGCUCCUGCUGUCGAGGCUACCCCUGCCGCCGCCACCGAGACUGAGGUCGCCGCUGAGGCUCCCGCUGCCGAGGCCGAGGAGGCCAAGAAGGAGGAGGUCAAGCCUGUUGAGGAGGGCCACCUCGAGCACAAGGGCCAGGGCGCCAACUUCCCCAAGAACUUCCUCUACACCAAGACCCUGUUCUGGUUUGGCUCUGAGCCCGUCAAUGUCAAGGAGAUCGCCAGCUUCAAGGCCGAGAAGGCCACUGAUGUCGCCCAUCACGUUGCCUCGUGGGCUGCCGAGACCGGCAAGGGUCUCCUUUUCUACAGCGAGAAGGGUGACAAGGCUGCUCCCAACGGCGCUAUCCAGCUUGCUGAGGCUACUGAGCCCGUUGUCGAUGGCACCAACAAGUUCCACUUCUCUUCCAAGGGCCACAAGCACACCUUCAAGGCCCCCACUGCCGCUGACCGUGACAACUGGGUUGCCCAGCUGAAGGCCAAGAUUGCCGAGGCCAAGGAGCUUGCCGCCACUGUCACCGAAUCUGAGACCUACAAGAAGACCCUUGAGAGCUUCAAGCCUGCCCCCGUCAAGAAGGAGGAAAAGGCUGCUGAGCCCGCCGCUGAGGUUGCCCCUGCUGCCACCACUGAGGAGGCCGCCGCCGCCGUUGCCGAGGCUCCUGUUGAGGCCGCUGCCGCCGAGACCCCCAAGGAGGAGGUCAAGGAGGAGGAGAAGAACGAGGAGGUCAAGAAGGAGGAGCCCAAGCGUCGCUCCGCCAGCCGUAAGCGCACUUCCAUCUUCGGCAGCCUCCUCGGCAAGAAGGAGGAGAAGAAGGCCGCCGAGCCUACUGCUGAGACUCCCGCUGUCACUGCUGAGGAGCCUGCCGCUACCGAGGCCCCCGCUGCCACCGAGGCUCCUGCUGCUGAGGUUGCUCCCGCUGUCGAGGCUGCCCCCGUUGCUGAGACCACCACCGAGGCUGCCCCUGCCACCACCGAGGCUGCGGCCACUGAGGCCAAGCCCGAGGAGAAGGCUGAGGAGAAGAAGGAGGAGGUCACUGAGGCCCGCCCUGCUGUCCCUACCAAGCGCUCCAGCAUCUUUGGUAGCCUCCCCUUCGGCAAGAAGAAGGCUGCUCCUGUUGCUGAGGCUCCCGUCAAGGAGACUCCUGCUGCCACCGAGGCCGUUGCCGAGACUGCCCCUGUGAUCCCCGCCGUUGAGACCACUGAGCCCCUCUCUGCUGAGGUCUCUUCCCCUGCCAACGUUCCCACUGAGACCACUGAGGUUGCUGCUGCUCCUGCCGAGACCAACGGCGAAACCAGACCUGCCAUUAAGAGCGACAAGCGCAAGAGCUCUCUCCCCUUCGGCCUCGGCAAGAAGAAGGAGUCUGCUUCCUCUGACGAGGAGGGCGAGAAGGUCAAGUCCCCUUCUGCCUUCUCCAAGUUCCGCGCCACCAUCAAGGGCAAGGGCAAGGCCGACAAGGUCGAGGAGAAGAAGGAGGAGACCCCUGCCGCCACUGAGGCUGUCGCCGAGGAGAAGGCUGAGGACAAGGCCGAGGAGAAGAAGGAGGAGGAGGCUGUCAAGCCUGCCGAGACCGCUGAGGUUGCUGCCCCCGUUGUUGCUGCCGAGGAGGAGAAGCCCAAGCCCGCCGAGGCCACGCCUGUCGUCACCGCCACUGCUUAGAGAACGAGGCGUAUUCCCCUCGAGCAAUCGCAAUGUCGGUGAAAGACGUAUGGAAACGAAACCACGAAAACAUAGAGCGAACAUUCAUGAAUGACCACCGCAUAAUCAUUCCAUCACACGCAACCCCCCUCGCUGAGAGAUAUUUAAUACACACAACACACCCCCUUAUACCCUUGGGUUUUGUCGGAAACGGAUCUGCAUUUCAGAGUCAAGAUACCCGUCAGGACUGAAACUCCAUCUGGCUGUCAACAAUCACUUGGUCCGUGGCACGCUUUCUUUGCUGUGGCCCUAUUGCUCAGAUAGGACUCGAUCUUGAUCACCUGUCUUUUUUUUUACUGCUUGCUUUGCUCGUUUUUGUUUUUGGCUUUGGUGUUUUCCCACUGGAUGAUGUUGCGCGCGCAGUCAGAGCUUUUCCUGUUAUUUCUCUUUUUGAUACCCAAAGUAUACCCCCCCUUUCGGUCCGCAUCAAGUCAGUCGUCUGUUUAUUGGCUUUUUUGGGUCAUGCAAGGGAAGGCAAAGGAGGUUUGUGGGAGGGAUGAUGAGGUGGGCUAAAAAGGGGAGAGUGUGCACACACUACGGUGUGGUGGAUUGCGUGAGUGGAUUUGGUCUUGGUGUGGUUGUUGGUUUCGUGUUUGUUGGUGUGUGUGUGAUGAUGGAUGUACACGAUGACGGAUGAGCAUGUGGUGUGAUGGUGGUGGAGGAGCGGAGAAUUUAUUCUGUCUCUUGUUUCUGACUGCGCUUUUGUGUCUGGGCUGUCUUGAAUAAGGGGCGGCUUUGCAGGGGAGAGUGCAGGAUGGGAAUGGGAGUUUAAGAGUAUGGACACUUUUUUAAUAGCUAAUUAAUAUACCUCUCGCGUGCUGAGUUCG